UAGGUAUAUUAUGCCAGACUUCCAGAUGAGAGGACGAGACUAUGAGUGAAGAGCGCUCUGGAGAUUGCGUGCAGUUCUUUUCCUGGGUCCAAACUGGACUGAUCUGAGAACAAUAAUUAUGAGGCUGACAUGUCUGUUCUCCUUCAUCUUGCUGUUUGGAGCAGCUGGGCUUGUUGUCUUCAUUCACCUGCAGGAUCCAGAAGAAAUAGUUCAUCAGCAGACACCAGGGAUAAAAUAUAACAUGGGACUCCAGCAACCAAAAAAAGACUGCGUUUCCAGCAAUAACCAGGAUAGAAGAUUAAGAAAAAGUACUGCAGACGGGGUAGCAACAGUAAAGCUGAGUGGUUCAUUACCCUCAUCUGAAAACAUGCCCUCCAAGCUUCAAAGCAUAGACAGAAGGCAAAGCAGCACAGUGUUUAUGAAAGAUUACCAAGAGAAAGGUGAGGAAACUAAUUCAAUGAAGCUCCAUAAACGGAGGAGGAGGUUUGUAAUUAAGAAGAGUCCAAUUCUGAUUUCUAUGAACAGUUCCACUCUCAACUUGCCCACACUUAAAUCCGAUGACAGAAAUAGCAAAUGGAAAAGUCUCUACCAGAUACAAAGCAAAAGAAAGCAAAUAAUGAAGGAAACUUGUUCUAAGUACAAGAGUAAUAACAGAAGAAUAAUCACUCCUUACCACGUUUCUAGAAUAUUUGUAGAAGACAAAUACAGAGUUUUAUACUGUGAAGUACCAAAAGCUGGCUGCUCUAACUGGAAACGGGUGCUCAUGGUUCUCAAUGGCCUGGCUUCUUCCACUAAAGAUAUACAACACAACACAGUGCACUAUGGCAACUAUCUGAAAAGGCUGGAUGGGUUUGAUCGCAAAGGAAUUUAUCACAGGCUCAACACUUACACAAAGAUGCUUUUUAUUCGGGAACCUUUUGAAAAGCUGGUAUCUGCAUUUCGGGACAAGUUUGAACAUCCAAACAAUUACUAUCAUCCCGUAUUUGGAAAAGCCAUCAUUUCCAGAUACCGUGUCAAUGCCACCAAAGAAGCAUUAAGGACAGGCUCCGGAGUCAAAUUUAAAGAGUUCAUUCAGUAUCUCCUGGAUGUACACAGGCCAGUGGGUAUGGACAUCCACUGGGAUCACGUCAAUAGGCUUUGCAGCCCAUGUCUAAUAGAUUACGACUUUGUUGGGAAAUUUGAAAGUAUGGAAGAAGAUGCAAACUUUUUCUUGCACCUAAUUGGUGCUCCACAAAAUUUGACUUUCCCUAAGUUCAAAGAUAGGCACUCCAAUGAAGAAAGAACUACCACUAAAAUCACACAACAGUACUUUGCACAGCUUUCUCCUUCUCAAAGGCAACAAAGUUAUGACUUUUACUACAUGGAUUAUUUGAUGUUUAACUACUCAAAACCUUUUGAAGAUUUAUAUUGA